AUGGCUACUAUAACAACACAAAAUUCAACAUGGACAAGCAACGCUAGCAAAGAACCCGGCUUCAUAACUUGGGAAAGGCUAAGUCCAAACGAUCCGAGAUUUAUUUUGGCUGUAAUUUUUUGUUCAUUUAUCUGCUUUAUAGCAAUAUUUGGCAACUUGCGUAACUUAAUAAUGAUAUAUAACUGCCGAAGAUUACACGAUAUGAACAAUUUAUGUAUCUGUAAUUUAGCCGUAGUUGAUUUUCUAACUGGCCUUAUUGUUAUACCUUUGGGAAUAUCUACGUUAGCAGCAGAGACAUUAGGAUACUUACUUUGCCAAAUUCAAGGAUUUUUUACGUUACUCUUGUAUUUAUCUUCGUUAGCAGCAACAUCAAUAAUAAGUGUAGAUCGAUGUAGUGCAGUUGUUAAUCCUUUUGGCUACAAAAGUCAUAUAACUGUAUCUAAAUGUGCCUUUAUUGCUACUUUUACUUGGUUCAUACCGAGUAUUAUUUCUAUAUUACCGCUACUUGGCUUUGAGAGAAUUGGCCUUGGUAAAUUCUAUGUCUUACUUCUUUGUGGUAUCUCAUUCGAUCACCCAAUAGAAAAUUUUAUAGUUUCAUGGAUACUGACGAUAUUUUUGGUAGUCAACAUAGUAACAAUCUGUAUGAGCUACUUAGUUAUUUUUAUUGUAGCAUAUCGGAAAACUGUGCAAGAUUUAACUCGAAACAGCAAAUUAUCUCGAUCGAUUCGAACCACUGGUUUAAUUGUUGGAACUAACUUCCUUUUUUGGCUGCCAUACAUUGUUCUUAAUGUACAGGAUUUCGUCUAUAAUACCUCGGUCCCUCCAGUACCAACGACAUUGAACUAUUUUACGACCAUUGCAUGUCUCAUGGCACUGAGUAGUCCUGCUAUUAAUCCAAUAAUUUAUGCAGCAACGAGUAAACACUUGCGAAAGCGAUUUACUAGAGUCGGAAUACCCUCUCAAUCUACGUAUGCAAGUAGAGAAUAA